UAUUAUAGAAGCCGAGGGAACAAAUCACAGAGGCAGAGGGGCGGUGAGGCAAGGAGAGGGGGGUGCUGUGCUCAGGCUCACCCCCUAACAGGUCCCCCAGUGUGAGCAGAGAGACGAAGGCAGGAGGAGAUGCUACGAGGAGACUCCAGAGAGACCGCUGCCUGAGACUGUCACCAAGAGAGAGCACCGCAGGACACCGGCACAGAGGCUCCCGCAUAGAUAUGUGACUGCACAGCCGCAGCAAGACAUGACCCCUCAGUCUGUGGAGGAUUGCCUACAGAGUACACUGUCAUCCCUUUACCCUCCAUUUGAGGUGACAGCACCCACCCUCCUAACCCAAGUGUUUUCUGUGCUAGAGAAGACAUAUCGUGAGGACUCCCUGAGAUAUACUUUGGAAUUUCUCAUACCAGCCAAGAGAAUCCUGCAGACUGUGCAGCACCAGGCAUGCUCGCAAUACAGUGGAUUUCUCUUUUUUCAUGAAGGCUGGCCACUCUGUCUUGGUGAGAAGGUCCUCAUUCAGCUGUCAUCUCUUCCAUGGCACUUUUUAAAGCCUGGAGAUUUUUACUUGCAAGUGGUGCCAUAUUUGGAAUGUUCUCCCAGACUUGUGCUGAAGUGCCUUUCUCAGGAUGGCAGUGGUGUACAAGAGAUUGUGGUACCUGAGUCCUCCCACUCAUUUCUAUUUUCUGCUGAAUGGCUUAACAGCAUUAAUAAAGACCGUAGCUCAGUCCGCCUUGAGAACUGUUUAGCUGCUGUAGAGGAAAAAGUCCUUCGACUACCAUGGUCAGAAGUAAUCUAUCCUCGUUUCAUCCAUAAGGAUGGAUUUAUUGUUGGGAGGAAAUGUCCCCCAGGUCCUCUAAUGCCACCUCUGGAGUUUCGAAGUCCUGGUGAUGGAGGCAUUACCAUUGGAGAAGUGCUUGAUCCCAAAGUUAAUUCCCAUUUGCCACUGUCAGAUAUUCAAGAAGAUAUUCAUAGCUGGAGAGUUGGUGCUGCUUCACCGCCCAUGUUGGAUUCUCUCUCUGGCUCUGCUGCAGACUGUGUAGAAGGAGAAUAUGUAGAAUUAAGUCCCCCCAAUACUGGCAUAGUUAGCAAAGAUGACAGUCCCAGGGAUACAUGGCUGUCAAGAGCAAAGACUGCUCCAAGUAGAAAAGGUAAAAAGAAAGCUCCAGAAGCAUGGCUCCACCAAAGGAAGCCUGGAAAGGUAGGUUCAUUGAGCACUUUAAAAGGAAGGUCUGAAGAGGUAUGGGAAAGUAGAUCCCACACAGAAGAUUCUGGAGAGCAAACAAAAUCUUCAACUGAGGUUAAAAGUUACUGGGAUGUCGAUACAUCAAACUAUUCUGCUGAAAGUGAUGUGUUAGCUCAAUGGAGAAAAGGUUUGGAUCUUCUUCAGAGACAUGAGAGAGAUUUAUUUUCAGGGAGACAAUUAUGGGAAUCACCUGAAAUUCAGGUAAGAAAUGCCAAGGACUGUAAUGUGGAACAAAGGGAAAUAUCUUGGCAAGCCAAGGGAACUGCAAAGAAAAGUAGUUCUCAUGAAUUUGACAAUUUAUCAAAUUCACUAAAAGGUUUCUCUUUAAAUGUGGAUAUGAAUAAAGAAACAGAGAACGUGCUUUCCACUUGUGACAUUACUACAGACUGCCAGAACAUUUUCUCAGAAGCCAGCAUAGAUCCAUCUAAAGAAGAAAAAUGUAAUGACCAUAUAGAUGAAUGUCAAAAUGACUGUCAACUGGACAAUUUAAAACAAGCACUUAAAGAAAGUCAACAACCAAUGGAUAGCGAAAAUGAAAUUUGUCCUUUAAGAGGAUCUUCAGUGACCAGAACAGGCAGAACCUGGGCAGAUGGUCAAGAAGUGUCAGCAUUUGAAGGUGAUGCUGUUGAGGACAUGCAAGUGCUAUCUGUUGAGGCAAAAGAACACCAUGAAAAAGUAAAGCAUCCUGCUUGGCAGCAGAUCAGCGAAUUGUCUCAGAAGACAGGAAGAGGGCGAAGAAAAAAGAGGAACAAGAGGGGUAGGGGACCUAUGAGGACAGAGGCAAGAAAAGGAGCUCCUAAUGUUAAGCAGACCAAGUCUAGUGGCAAGGAAGAAGAAAAUAAUCCUCAUAUCACCUCCCAAGAUGAAGUGGACAUCAGCAGAAUUGGUCAGGAGACAAAUGAACAAAGAUUGACUGCAGAGUUAGUAGAAAACGUUUCUGCGUGUGGCAUUGAACCUGAAGAACCACCUUCUUCGCCAAAAACGGAACUAGAUGCAUCUCUUCCUCAGAAGCCUUUGCUGCAAUCAUCUCCUAUUGUAGAUUUCAACCACCUCCAUCGAGAGGUAAACUGGGACAUACUGGAAUCUGGAGUCAUCUGCCUGCCUGGUGCACAAGACAGAGAAAAGAGUGCACUGUUAAUUGUAUCUCCAUCUAAAGCUGUGGCAGAAUACACCCAGAAAAAUAUUCAGGAAGCAAUAUUAUAUUUGUUCUCUCUUCUCAGAUCUGAUCUACGUGAUUUAGGUAUGACCCUCAUUGUUGAUCUGCGAGACAGCUCUUCCAACUCGGAGACUUUCUUUCAAGUGCUUCAUGAAACCAAGGACUCCUUCCAUGCUUGUAUAAAGAGCACUUUAAUAGUAUGUGAUACAGAAAACCCUGCUGCAGGACGAAGUGACCUUUUUAAUGCACAGGUUGUAGAAACAUCAGAUCUGAGAAAGUAUGUUGAAGCAGAAGAGCUGCCAGAGAGUCUUGGAGGGGAAGGGCCAUAUGUACACAAUGAAUGUGUGAGGAGCCAGAGGUCUCUGUGGCAACUCCACUCCUUGUGCUGUGAUGUGCUUGACUCACUGGGGAAGGUCACACAGGAAGUAGAAGAUGACGUCACCAAGGAUAUUCAGUGGUUGAUUUCUCAUCAUCGAGAUGCUAUGAAGAAAACACUGACAGAUGACAAACUUCAAAGACUGCAGAGAGAUGGAGGCACUCUUGUAGCAAGACUGCAUAAGUCACCUUAUCUGAGACUUUAUGACCCAGUCACCUUUGACUUGUAUGAGAAGGUUGAUGAAGCACUACAUCAUCUAGUCCAGCUGUCAAACCAGAAACUCCAAGAGCUAGAGGCAAAACUGCCACCACCUGAGUGUCGAAACAGUCCUGAGGAUUCUCAUAGUCUACUUGAUGCACAAGGACAAGGACUAGACAUUCGUGGAGAGACCCGAGAUAUACAAAAAUUAGAGGCAUCGGUUAUAGGCACAGAUAAUCGCAGACUAGAGGUCGGUGUUAGGAUCCGUGGUCUAGAAGUCAGUAGUCGAGAGCUUGCUGACCGCACCUGCAGCCCCCCACGUGGUCAUGUUUUAAGCAGAGGAGAUGGAAGAGGGCCAGAUGCACCUUGGGGAGGAGUUCCCAGACCAGAAGGAAAGAGGUCUCCCCAGCGGUUACUAUUAGAUCUCCUGUGCUCUGAGCGAAGUUACGUGCAGUCUUUGCGUCGGUCUCUGGAAGUUAGAGGGUCGUGUCCAGCUGGCCUGGCACUAAGAGGGAGCUUGGAGCAGCUUCUUAAUUUCCACACUCAUUUCCUGAGAGAUCUCCAGAAUUGUGUGUCCCAUCCCCUGACUGUCUCUUACUGCUUCCUGCAGCAUGCAGAACAGUUACGUUUAUACUCUUUGUACGUGAAAAACAAACAGAAAGUAGAACUGUUCCUUCCGUCUCCCAGUGGGAGUUUAAAGGGUAAAAAGAGGGACCAGAAAGAAGAGGAGGAAUCAUGGGGUAUUCUGCAGAGACCACUUGAGCAAUUGGACCAGUAUCAGCGCUUUCUUGGAGACAUGAUGCUAGAGUGCGACCAUGAUACUGAACAAGAACGACAGUCCCUACAUGCUGCUCGAGAACUUGUUGGCUCCCUCGUACUCCAUGGAAAAAAUCUGCUGGCUGCUGAAGCCAUACGUGGAUUUGAGGUGGAUGAGAAGGAACAUGGUCGUCUCCUGCUUAAGGAUGUAUUUACUGUGUUAUCUGGAAGAAAGAAGUCCUUGCGACAUGUAUUCCUAUUCCAGAAACUUCUGCUACUAAGUAAACUGAAGACCGCAGAGGGAGGUUUGGAGACAUAUGGAUUCAAACAAGCUUUUAAGACAGCUGACAUGGGUCUCACAGAGAAUGCUACAGAGGGAGACACACGAAUUGAGCUCUGGUUCCGCCGCCAAAAAUCUCGCGAAACAUUACUUCUCCAAGCAGAGACUACGAAUGUGAAAGAGACUUGGAAUAACGAGAUAACUAAACUGUUGUGGGAUCAAGGAGGGCUAAGCAAAGAGCAUCGAGUCCAGGACACAUCCACAAUUGGUUCAAGUCAUCGUUCUUUUCUGGACAUUAAGGCUGGAUUCAAUGCAAUAAGCGAAAGGACAGUGAGUGCUCUACUGACAGCAAGAGGCUCUCGUACCCGUGCUUCUGUGCCUUUCUCUUCUUGUGAGCACAGUUCUCCUCCAUCAUCUCUCAGCCUUGCACUCACAUCAGGACCAAGCCCUCGGAGGCUGCGAUCACCGGGAGGAGUCUCCCUACCAGAAAAAAUCAGUGAAGAGAUAGGUGAAGCAUUUACAGGUGGGCCAGUGUGCCUCAAAUCAAUCUCACCAAUUAUGGAGGGAGAGAAGCCAAAGGAUUCAUCCAUUGAAUCAAUCUUCCCUUCCACGUCUGUGUAAUGGCAUGUUACAUUGUAAGCUCAUAAAACUAUCCAUUACCCGUCCAGUGACAUAAACACUGAAGAACACAUUCAGCAUUUCGACAACCUCAGCAGGUGACGGUGCUGUUACAAGUCAUCCGUUUCCACAAGAAACCAAAAAUGUUGGACAUCACAAACAAGUCAAUUCUCGGGCUGGUCUAUGACAUUUUCCCAGUUAUGAUUCCAGUGGACGUCAUAAUAAACCAUAAACCAUCAGUGGCUUUUUCAUCCCUAAACAUUGAAUUGUAUGGUCGUAUAAUAGUGGAAACAAAGGUUCUUAUAAAUAGGACCAUAAAAAUAAAUUUCCAGUAUAUUUCAUUUAACAAUAUCAGUAUUUCAUUAUCAGACAUGGAUAUAUUUUUAUUUCCAUAAUACCAAUAGUAAUUGCUUAUUAUUACUAAUAUAUCUAAUACAGCAUGACUAAAGUCAGUGUCCUCUAAGUAUAGCCUGGUAUGGUCGCUUUACCACAUGGUUAUUAAUAUUUUUCUCUUAUUUGGACUGCUCCCUGCUCCAAAUGCUUAGGGUUAGUAUUUUUGGCAUUAUAAAUACAGCAAUAGAGUAUUCAAUUAACAGGAUUUAUUUCCUAAAUGGUACUUGCUAGAAAAAGCCAUAGAAACAUAUCUAGUUGUAUUUCCAGUUCUAAAUAUGCUAGCCAUAUGAAGCCAAGGAGUAUACUGUAUAAGGGAUGACAUUAUACAGCAAAUACUAUGCACUCACUUCAGAUAGACUGCUAUACAAAUGCUUAACUGGAUUAAUAGAGGAAACUGGAUGAGGGCAGCCAUACAGCUGGGACCUAGUAACAGCUACAAUGGUUUCAGAGUGGACUAUAUAGGAAAUCAAUGCCGCAUGGGUUAACAUUUUAUGGUGAGAAGGUUUAAAGACCUGAGCUAUAUGAUUUAUCUCCGCGUCGGUGGAAAGGGAAUUAAUAGGAAUGACACUUUUCUUAUCUCCAUUAUUGUGCCUUUAGUAGAAAUCAAUGUUCUUCCUCUUAGAGUUUGCACUUUUUUGAAACUAUGUCAGUUUUCUUCUACUAAAAAUGCAAUAGCAAAUGUGCAUUGAUAUAUGUGAUAUUAGAGGGAAGCCUAUGCCUGUGUCUGCCAAUGUAGUAUGUGUAUAUAUAUCUCUAGAUCCACCUUGCCUUUUGUUUGCCCUCCUACAUUUUGUUUCCUGAGCUCAAUAGAAAGGGUCUAACCUGAUAUGAGGAGAUCAAUAAACCCUGCCUGGCAGCCUGCAGCAGAAGCGCUUAUAAAGAGAUGUAUUGAUUGUAUCCUCUCUACAGGAAACAAUGAGAUUUGGAGAAAAGGAAGGGGAGAUCCUUUGCUCUUUAGUUUUGCUGCAGUCCUUCAGGGGGGCUUAGAAUGUAUGCAUCUCCACUGGGUUAUGCCUGACAUGGUACACCUAUUUGUAACUAGAUAUUUGUUCUUGAUUCUUUGUUUAAUGCUAUUAUGGUACAUUCCUAACCUUGCUCUAUUUUAUUCCUUACAUGAUGGUGCAAUCCCUGCCAGGCAGUGCUUUAGAAUGGUACAGGCUGUUUGCUUCAGAUUGGCGCAGUCUCUGCCAUUUGUUUGUCUGGGAAGGAGUGGUAGUGAUUGUCCGUCUGCUUUUACUAUAAUGUCGCACAAUCAUUCAUAAUGUCCUUUUUCUUUUAUAUACACAGGUACAUGUAAACUUUUUGCAAAUGAUGAUAAUGCAAUUUAUAUUGUCCUUUCUCGCCAUAUCGUAUAUUCAUUUCCAAAGGUGCCAGGGAAUAGAAAGUUGUUGAUUUAUAUUUAGACCUAAAGUAUUAUUCUCAUGUUUAUGCCAAGGUUACAAUUGUGUAGCUCAUUUUCUGAUUUCUUAUUUUUUUGGUCUACUCUGUGUAUUGUCUGUGGUUUGUCUUUGGCACAUUUUUUAUUAAAGGUGUAUGUCUGUCAGUGGA